AUGGUUUCCUAUACGGGCCGCUCUAGCCUGCGCAGCGGGGGAGAACGUGGCUACCCUUCUAGGCUGCUGGAGGAGUGCAAGGCCGCCUCGCUGGUCGCGCGGUCCCCAACGGAGGUCAUGCGGAAGGCGCUGCUCGUGGGCGCAGUCCUGGGGGCCGGAGCUGGCGUGGGCUCCGCGCUCUUUGCUCUCGUGACCCCGGGAGAACAGAGGACACAAGUAAUGCUCAAGGAGAUGCCCGCGCAGGACCCACAGCGCAGGGCCGAGGCAGCCAGUACCAAGGAGCUGCUGCUGGCUACGUUGCAGGAGGCAGCGGCCACUCAGGAGAACGUGACCUGGAGGAAAAACUGGAUGGAUGGUAGUGGCGGCGGUGGGAAGUCGGCAUGA